GAACCCGAGCGCGCGGCAACGGCCGCCUGGAGCGCGCAGCGCGGACAGCCAGCGCUCGCAGCACACCAGCGCGCGCACGCUAAGGGGUGCGCGGUGCCGAGCGCGCGCCGAGCGGCCGGGGGCGCGCAGGCCCUGCCCGCCCCUUCCGUCCGCACGCCCGCCGCCCCGCCGGCCCUUACUCUUCCACCUUCCACUUGUGGCCCGCGCCUCGCACCCUGCGGACCCCGCGUCCUCCUCCCGCGGCAGCGCUGUCCGCGGCGGCCGGAGCGGGCCGGGCCGGGCCAGCGGGCCGGGGGAUGGCGCUGCUGGACCUGGCCCAGGAGGGAAUGGCCUUGUUCGGCUUCGUGCUCUUCGUGGUGCUGUGGCUGAUGCAUUUCAUGUCCAUCAUCUACACCCGGUUACACCUCAACAAGAAGGCAACAGACAAACAGCCGUAUAGCAAGCUCCCUGGUGUCUCUCUUCUGAAACCACUGAAGGGGGUGGAUCCUAACCUAAUCAACAACUUGGAGACAUUCUUUGAACUGGAUUAUCCCAAAUAUGAAGUACUCCUUUGUGUACAAGAUCAUGAUGAUCCAGCCAUUGAUGUAUGUAAGAAACUGCUUGGAAAAUACCCAAAUGUCGAUGCUAGAUUAUUUAUAGGUGGCAAAAAGGUUGGCAUUAAUCCUAAAAUUAAUAAUUUGAUGCCAGCAUAUGAAGUUGCAAAAUAUGAUCUCAUAUGGAUUUGUGAUAGCGGAAUAAGAGUCAUCCCAGACACAUUAACUGACAUGGUGAAUCAGAUGACAGAGAAGGUGGGGCUGGUCCACGGGCUGCCGUACGUAGCGGACAGACAAGGCUUUGCUGCCACCUUAGAACAGGUAUAUUUUGGAACUUCACACCCAAGAUCCUAUAUCUCUGCCAAUGUGACUGGCUUCAAAUGUUUGAUGAGGAAGGAUGUGCUAGAUCAGGCAGGAGGGCUUAUAGCCUUUGCUCAGUACAUUGCUGAAGAUUACUUUAUGGCCAAAGCAAUAGCGGACAGAGGUUGGAGGUUUUCAAUGUCUACUCAAGUUGCCAUGCAAAACUCUGGUUCAUACUCAAUUUCUCAGUUUCAAUCCAGAAUGAUCAGGUGGACCAAAUUGAGAAUUAACAUGGUUCCUGCAACAAUAAUUUGUGAGCCAAUUUCAGAAUGCUUUGUUGCCAGUUUAAUUAUUGGGUGGGCAGCCCACCNUGUGUUCAGAUGGGAUAUCAUGGUCUUCUUCAUGUGCCACUGCCUGGCAUGGUUUAUAUUUGANUACAUUCAACUCAGGGGUGUCCAGGGUGGCACACUGUGUUUUUCAAAACUUGAUUAUGCUGUGGCCUGGUUCAUCCGUGAAUCCAUGACAAUCUACAUUUUCCUGUCGGCAUUAUGGGACCCUACUAUAAGCUGGAGAACUGGCCGCUACAGGUUGCGCUGCGGAGGAACGGCAGAGGAGAUCCUGGAUGUGUAACAAGACCUCUGGGNCUGACUGUGCACAGGACAGAAUGGAAGUGUUAUAAAUUAUGUUUAUAGAGACACUUUCAAGGACCUCCCUUCAGUGGUUUAUCACAUGUAUGUUUUGGUAUCUGCUCUUUAAUUUAUUUGCAUGGCACUUGCAUCUGUGAAAAGCAAAAAAACAAAAACAAAACAUGUCUGUAGUCUUGGCCAAAUAGUA